AUGCCAUCUCUGACGGCAGAAUCGUUGGAAGCGACUACUGUUAAGAUGAGCGCUGAUGGAUGGGGAUCAGGGAGUGCUGCUGGUGAUGAUGGAUCAUUGCUGAAGAGUGAAGGGGUGGAUUAUGCUGAGGGCAACAUUGCAACAUCACCAUAUAUCCCUCCACAGAAACCAAAAACUGAGCAUGAAAAAUAUAUUGAACAAAGGGCGCAAGAAGUUGCGCAGGUGGGCUGA